AUCAGUGGCUUGGUAAGGCUUUUUUUUUCCUCCCAUAGGUUUGAAUCGGUUAGCCAAACGUGUUGCAACGAAGCUAGCAGUGGGGACGUUCGUGGAGUACUUUCAAACAAAGUGCAGUGGAAUUGCAUGUGUAUACUGUCAAAGUUGUUUAUUGGCAAUAUGUCACACAAACAAAUCUACUACUCAGACAAAUAUAACGACGAACACUAUGAAUACAGACAUGUUGUGUUGCCACGGGAGAUGGUGAAACAAGUCCCCAAAUCCCACCUGAUGUCUGAGGAUGAGUGGAGGCGAAUGGGAGUGCAGCAGUCUCUUGGAUGGGUGCACUAUAUGAUCCAUGAACCUGAGCCUCACAUUCUCCUGUUUAGACGACCACUACCGAAGAACUGAUCUGAAACGUUCCUUCCUGUCAACAUUCCGUGGUAUUCAUUGAAUACUUGCUCCCCUACAAGUUAUAUUGUCUGCUGUGCAUGAAGCUGUCUUUGUCUCAGCAACCAAGCUCAUUCUGAUUGCAUGGAGGAGGUGAAUGUUCUGUCACCGUGGCAUUUAAUGGAUAUCGUACGUCACCACUAUGUUGCUACUAGUACUACACUAAUACCAAAGUGCCUACGAUGAAUAUCGACCUUUUGAUCAAGUGUUGAAAUAAAGUAUUGAGUAACAUGUUAUUGACAUAACAUGUUGUUUUUCUAUCACUUUAAUAUCAUUGUUGUAUGACCUUCCCAAAUGGCUGCAUGUGCUCACUUUUCUAUGACUAAUGAUAUGUACUGUGUUUUCUAUUUUCUAACUGAAUGGAUUUAUAAGUAGGUGCACCAGACGGUAUUGACUAGCUUUUUGUACAUAAAGUCAACUCUUAUUGAAAGCCCAGUAAAGAUGGUGUUUGCUUGUAUACUUUACAUGUUCCAGGUUCUCCAAAGUACCUGUUUUUCUAUGUACUGUCCACUGACAUGCAGGCAGCACGUGUGGCAUGACAAGUAGCCAGCCAGGCCACUUUUGGUGGCCAGUCAUACAUGUUUAUUUUUCAGCUCAUGUAUUUGUGAUCAUAACUGUUGAUAGAGCCGUACAGCCUCUAAACUGAACCACUGAGGAUAUCAUCAGUCUGAAAUGCAAACUUAUCAUUUGUGAUUGACAACCAGGCCCAUUUCUUGGUAUCACUUAACAGAAUGGUAUGAAAGAAGUUUGUCACUCUUGAGCCUAAAUCAUUCUAUGGUGUUUGGCUGUUGUCUUUUUUGAAUGUCAUUACUUUUGAUGAGAAUAAAUAUAUUUUUGAAAUUGG